CAUCUUCGUAUCACAUAUUAAACGUAACCUUUGAUCUGUUCAUUGUAUGCUAGCAGUUCGUUCAUUAUUUUUAACACAAAACUAUUACAUAUUCGUCAACUGUUUCUACCAAAAUGUUGAACAGGCCAACAUUGAAUUUGUUGGGUAAACUGGCCAGGAGGUAUUCGCAAAAUGCAAAAGAUUACGAAUUAGUUGUGGAAUAUUUGAAAGGUGAUCAUGUCGGGAUUGCAGUCAUUGGAAUGAAUCGGCCCGAACAGAAAAACGCUCUUAGCAUUCGAUUGCUAGAAGACCUCAAUAAAGCAGUUGAUGAAUUAAUUUUUGAAAAUGUAGCUCGCGUAUUAGUUCUACGGAGUUUCGUUCCUGGAUCUUUCUGUGCAGGAGCUGAUUUGAAAGAAAGGGCGGUAAUGACUCCCAAAGAAGUUCAAAAUGCUGUGAGAAACAUCAGGAGUUUUGUGAAUAAAAUGGUCAACGUCCCUUUUCCUGUGUUAACAGCUUUGGAUGGGGUUGCAUUAGGAGGUGGUUUAGAAAUCGCUUUAGCUACCGACAUCAGGGUCGCUACAACUAAUACCAAAUUGGGACUAGUGGAAACGAAAUUAGCCAUAAUGCCCGGCGCUGGUGGCACCCAACUUCUACCAAGACUACUCAAUCCCUCCGUGGCAAAAGAACUAAUAUUUACUGCGAAAAUCCUUAAUGGAAAGCAGGCGAAAGAGCUUGGUUUGGUCAAUCACGUGGUCGAGCAAAACAAAAAUGGUGAUGCCGCCUACCUGAAGUCACUGGAAAUCGCCGAGGAAAUUCUUCCGAACGGACCUUUGGGGAUCAAGAUGGCCAAACAGGCGAUUAACAAAGGAGUUGAAGUGGACUUUUCCACGGGACUAGCUAUCGAGGAAGCUUGUUAUUCACAGCUGAUUCCUACGAAAGAUAGGACAGAGGGCUUGGAGGCGUUCAAGGAAAAAAGAAGGCCGGUGUAUUUGGGCCAUUAAUAAACACAUUACUUGGUCUUGUUCACUAUAAGUGAGAUGAGUUGGAUACUAAUUCAACAGUCAGCAAUACUCAACUCGAAAAGUUAAUUGUUGUACACCUUCUGAAAACAUUUUUUCGGAGGUGCAAUAGGACGAUGUGGUUAUCUCUCAUAUUCUCAAUAUUCACGCAACACUUUUUUUUAUUUUCACUAAGAAUUAUGCAACUGUCGAAUAAAUAUUUGUCUUUGAGAAAAU